AUGGGAGGUCAUAAAACAGUGAAGCGAUGGUUCGAUAGAUAUGAUGGUACAGUUGCAUCAUUGCAGCAAAAAUAUCGUUCAGGAAGACCACCAAUAUUAAAUAAGCAACAAGUCAAUAAACUCAUUACUAAAGUUGUUCGUUCUCAUAAUCGUCUUUCAAGUACCAUUGAUUACAUUAAAAUCACAAAUUCCAUUCGUCAAGAAACAAAUAUUAAUGUUUCUCUUCGAACGAUUCGACGAUAUGGACAGAACAGUGGUAUUAAAUAUAAGAAAACCAUCAAGCGAACUUACACAGAAAUGAGUGAUAUUUCUUGCGAUGCUAUAGCAAAACUACGUCGUAAACUACAACGUGUAUCAAUUAAUGAAGUUAUCUUUAUCGAUGAAACUCAUGUUAAAAUAGAUGAAGUACCAAGAAAAACGCUGGUAGCACCAGCUAUUGUUGGUAAUAGAGUACUUCCACCAAUUAUUUUUACACCUGAAGAUAGAAGAACAAGAAAUGUUAAAGGAAUCAAUAGUGAUUUGUUUAUUGAGUUUAUUGAAAAUGUUUUAUGUCCUUCAAUUACUGAACUUGAUCCUUGUCCUAUGUAUUUAGUAUCAGAUAAAUCAAAUAUUCACAAUGCAUCAAAAAUUGAACAAGCUUUUCGUAAUGUUGGAUACACAGGACUGACAGAGGUAUUGAUUCUACCUACUCAAGCAGCAAAACGUGUCAGUCCAUUACACAACACGCUAUUCCACGAAUGGAAAGAAAGAAUCAGAAAACAUUCAUUACUUGCUGAAGAAACUUUAAGUACGACGAUGAUUAAUGAAUGGUAUAAUACAAAUGAAGAAAAUAUUAAACAUCAUUAUGAUCAUUGUGCUAUUACUGGACCCCGGCGUGACCAUAAAACCGUGACUAAAGAAAAAAAGAUUGUCUGA